AUGACUUCCUCGUCACAUAUUAAAGUUUCGGCAUACUCUGAAGAGCCAGUGGCUUGUGUUGGCUCCUCUUUCAACGGACUCUCUGUGCCAGAGUCGGCCAAUUUCGAAGUUUACAAGCAUAAAAAGAAUGGCAGUUACCUCCUACAUGGCGAAAGUGAAACCUUGGACUAUGAGGGAAAGUCCAGUGAAGAAAACGAUUAUCUAAUAGCAGUUUACGACCCAAACAAGAAAUCAGUGGAAUUAUACAAAUCCCCAUAUAUCUCAACAAGAGUCACUUCAAAGAAACAUAAAGUAUACAAGGGACCGGCCAUCAAGUCCACUGGAUUAAAAAAUGUUGCUCAACGUAAGGCUUUGGGUGAGGCGUUUGGUACCAAGAAGGCCAAGCAAGCACUUACAAACUUGGAGAAGAACAGAAUCGAUGCCGAUAGGUUACAAGAUGCCGAAUUUGACAUUGUUGAUACAGUACAAGAAGGAGCUGCACCAGUUAAAGUUGAAGAAGUUACAGGACCAGCACCUCAACCAAACGUCAAUGCCACAAAUGUCGAAGAUGUUUACCCACUUGAUAAUAUCAUUCCACAAAAGUUUUGGAACUACAUUCGUGUGCAGCUGCUAUUAAUAGAUCCAAAACCCCUCGACAGUUUUCCAUCCCAACCAUCAUUUGUGUCAUCUUUACUUCCAAGGCUAAUAAAGAACAAAGACGUGGAGAAGUUGCAAUUGUUAUACUACGCUUCUCUUUUGGCUGGUGUUUAUGAAAAUAGAAGAGUGUCUGAGAAACAAGCACUUUUGACUAGAUUACAAAAUAAGCCAUCAGAGACCUUGAUCGAUGGAAUUUUGGAUCAAUUUGCCGUAUCGCGCUCGACUAAAGUUGGUAAAUCCAAGGAUAAGGCUUUUUUCAUUGAUCCACAAAACGAAGAUAAAUUAUUGUGCUAUUUGUUUAUUGCACUUUUGCAUUUGUUCAAUUUCAGCGUCGAGCUCAACCCAUUGGCAAAAGACCUUAAAUUAAAACCAUUGAAAUUGGUUGGAUUGUUUAGAGCAUUGGGAGCUAUUAUCAAGAGUGCUACUGUAGCUGAAGCAGAAGCAUACGGCAUACCAAAGAGUGCUGCUGGUACUUAUAAAAUUGCAACAUUAAAAGUUCCAUUCAAAAUGCCAGAGAUGGUCAGAAGGGCAAAGAGAAGAUAG